UUUUGGGGUACUUCUCUGCCGUAUUUUGGGGACAUUUCGGGCCGUUUCUCUCCCAUUUUUGGGGUGGUGUUUUGGGUUAUUUCUCUGCCAUUUCUGGGUGGUUUCUCUCCCAAUUUUGGGGCAUUUCUCUGCCAUAUUUUGGGGACAUUUCGGGCCGUUUCUCUCCCAUUUUUGGGGCGGUGUUUUGGGUUAUUUCUCUGCCAUUUCUGGGUGGUUUCUCUCCCAAUUUUGGGGCAUUUCUCUGCCAUAAUUUGGGGACAUUUCGGGCCGUUUCUCUCCCAUUUUCGGGGCGGUGUUUUGGGUCAUUUCUCUCCGGUUUUGGGGGUGGUUUUGGGGUAUUUCUCUGCCAUUUUCGGGGCGGUGUUUUGGGUUAUUUCUCCCCGGUUUUGGGGGUGGUUUCUCUCCCAAUUUUGGGGCAUUUCUCUCCCAGUUUUGGGGCAUUUCUCUGCCGUAUUUUGGGGACAUUUCGGGCCGUUUCUCUCCUUUUUUUGGGGCGGUGUUUUGGGUUAUUUCUCUGCCAUUUUGGGGGCUAUUUCUGUGCCAUUUCUGGGUGGUUUUGGGGUGGUUUCUCUCCCAAUUUUGGGGCAUUUCUCUCCCAAUUUUGGGGCAUUUCUCUGCCAUAUUUUGGGGAUAUUUUGGGCUGUUUCUCUCCCAUUUUCGGGGCGGUGUUUUGGGUUAUUUCUCCCCGGUUUUGGGGUGGUUUCUCUCCCAAUUUUGGGGUGGUUUUGGGGUGGUUUCUCUCCCAAUUUUGGGGUAUUUCUCUCCCAUUUUCGGGGCGGUGUUUUGGGUCAUUUCUCCUCGGUUUUGGGGUUGGUUUCUCUCCCAUUUUCGGGGCGGUGUUUUGGGUUGUUUCUCCCCGGUUUUGGGGUUGGUUUCUCUCCCAUUUUCGGGGCGGUGUUUUGGGUCAUUUCUCCCCGGUUUUGGGGGUG